ACAAGAAAAAUCUUGAAGAACUGUGAAAUCAAAAUAAACAAAUGAUGAUGAUGAUACUUCUCUUGUGGUCAAUAAUUUUCAUGACCAUUCUCUUCUUAAAAAAAAAGUUGAGUGGGAAGAAAGGCUGUGUGCACCAUUCAUCUCUUAAGCAACAAAAUGGUACGAUCUUUUCGAGAUGUAAGAGAAGAAGAAAUCACUUUGAUGAUGAAGAAAAUCCGGAAAUCGAGUUCUUUGCCGUUUAAUGUAAGCAAGGUCUUGGAGAGUUUAACUAACGAUGUGAUAUGUAGAGUUGCUUUGGGACGAAAAUAUGGUGGUGAAACUGACUUUAAGAAGUUAACGGAUAGACUAAGCGAGCUAUUGGGAACGUUUAGUAUAGGGAGUUUUGUACCGUGGCUUGCGUGGAUUGAUUGGAUCCGCGGUUGGGAUGCUCAGCUAGAUAAGAUGGGAAAGGAUCUUGAUGACUUCUUUGAGAAAGUUGUGCAAGAUCAUGAAGAUGGCGACAACCGAGAUAGGUUUGACUUGAUCGAUGCAUUGCUCAAAGUUAAAAGAGAGAAGAGUCCCGGGUUUGAGAUAGAGCGAGUCAGCAUAAAGGCAAUCACGUUGCUCGGCCUUCACGUGGAUACGGAGCUGGUUCCGUUUGGAGCAGGGAGAAGGAUUUGCCCAGCAAUAUCAUUUGCUGUGUUAUUGGAUGAGGUGGUUUUGGCUAACUUAAUGCAGCAGUUUGAUUGGAGACUACCAGUGGAAUCUACAGAAUAUCAGACCGAUGUCGCUGAAUCAACCGAGUGUGUGCGUCCUCAGUUUGCUCAGCAACAAAAUGGUACGAUCCUUUCGAGAUGUGAGACAACAAGAGAUCCGUUUGAUGAUGGAGAAGAUCCGGCAAUCGAGUUCUUUGCAGAUUUUAAGGAGUUAAUGAAGAGGCUUACAAGGCUUUUAGGGGCGGUUAGUGUGGGGAAUCAUGUACCAUGGCUUGCAUGGAUUGAUUGGCUCUGCGGUUUGGAUGGUCAGCUAGAAAAGACGAGAAAUGAUCUUGAUGAGUUUCUUGAGAGAGUUGUGCAAGAUCAUGUAGAUGUCAACGGAGAUAGGACUGAUUUCGUCGAUGUAUUGCUCGCCAUUCAGAGAGAGAAGAGUGUGGGGUUUGAGAUCGACCGAGUCAGCAUAAAGGCAAUCAUCUUGGAUAUUUUUGUGGGUGAUUUUAAAGAGUUAAUAGACAGACUCAUGAGGCAACUUGGUACGUUUACUAUCGGGAGUUAUGUACCGUGGCUUGCGUGGACUGAUUGGGUCAGCGGUUUGGAGGCUCGACUGGAGAAGACCGCGAAUGAUUUUGAUAAGCUCUUGGAGAGAAUUGUGCAGGAUCAUGAAGAUGGAGACGGCGAUAAGACUGAUUUUGUAGAUGUAUUACUCGCAGCUCAGAGGGAGAAGAGUGUCGGGAUAGAGAUCGACCGGUUAAGCAUAAAGGCUAUCGUCUUGGAUGCUUUUGUGGGUGGGAGAAGGAUGUGUCCAGGCAUAUCAUUUGCUGUGGUGUUGAAUGAGGUGGUUUUGGCUAACUUAGUGCAUGGGUUUGACUGGCAAUCUAUAGAAGAUGAGACCGAUGUUGCUGAAUCAAUCGGUAGUGUGAUUCGUCGCAUAGUUGCUUUGGGACGGAAAUACAGCGUUGGAACGGAUUUUAAGGAGUUAAUGAAAAGGCUCACGAGGCUACUGGGCGAGUUUAGUGUGGGGACUUAUGUACCGUGGCUUGCAUGGAUUGACUGGAUCAGUGGUUUGGAUGGACAGCUAAAAAAGACAGGCCAUGAUCUUGAUGAAUUCUUGGAGAAAGUUGUCCAAGAUCAUGUAGAUGGCGACGGACAAAGGACUGAUUUUGUGGAUGUGUUGCUCGCAAUUCAGAGAGAGAAGAGCGUCGGGUUUGAAAUCGACCGGUUAAGCAUAAAGGCUAUCGUCUUGGAUGUUGUUGUUGGUGGUACGGAUACAUCGUAUGCACUUAUGGAGUGGGCAAUGACAGAGCUUCUUCAUUGCCCAGAGUGUCUGAACAGACUCCAGGAAGAAGUCCUUGAUCAUACAGAAGAUCCAACCAAUGUCGCUGAAUCAACAGGUAUCGCGAUUCACCGCUUGUUCCCUCUUUACGCCAUUGCAUCAUCUACUACUUGAUGGAGGCAGUAUAUAUAAAUGGUUUAUUAUGUU